AGCGCGCGGAAUGGGCUCAACAUGGCGGAAACUCUAGCGCUUACACCGGUUCUUACCGUCUCUCGAUCCCGCUGUAGAGCAAGUUUCUUAUAAAGUUUCCCCGAGGAGUUCUUAUGGCAGCACCGGCGUCAGAUGAGAGCCCGUGAAGCUCCGGUGAAGAUGAACGGCGCAGAGCUCCUGGCCCCUGCAGCCCUGCCCUCAGAUCACCUGCUGCGCUCCGGAGCGGUCAUAUUCCCCGGUGCCUUUGACCAGCACGGCUGUCCUCUGGUGGUGUUUCCAGCGGAGGCUCAGGGUAAACUCCCAGAGGAGCUCAGCAGAGAGGAGGUGUCCCACUUCAUACACUACUGUCUGCGCCUGCACAACAUAAGAGGCGAGGAGAGCCUGCUGUCUGUGGUUGUUGAUUUGAGGCAAGCCAACCUCGCCAUCGCACGCUUCAUCGCUGAAACUCUCCUGUUGUUGGAGGUUUCCAGAAGGAUCAUCCACUCUGUGUAUAUUGUUCAACCAAAGAAGAAAGAUGUCCUGAAGCAGCUGGGGAAACUCCUGACACCGAGUGGCUCCAAGCAGCACAGACCCGUCCUCUUCAAACGCGUCUUCCUCAAAGAGGUUUUUGAGCUUUCCAACUACAUCGACAGAAGCCAGUUACCGUCUAGUUUGGGUGGAUACCUCAUAUACUGCCAUAAGAGCUGGGUUGCCUUCGUUAAGGAGAUCGAUGCGUUUGUGCAGGAGUUCCUGUCGGUGGUGAACCGUCUGCCGUCCUGUAUCUGGACUCUGCAGGCGCUCGCCAAGCGUCCCGUCCCAGCAGACCUGGAGCGACUGCAGGAGUUCUGCUGUGUGAACCAGGCGCGCUUCCAGCAGCUUCGGAGGGAUCUUGGUUUGGAUGAUUUGUUGAAGCACUGCGAGGGUUUGUUGGAGAAGCUGCGUUUCCCUGAGAAAGAGCCCUGCUUUCAUGCUAUGGCUGGAACGCAGCUCUACUCGCACACCGCGCUAGAGAUGCUCCACAACUACAACCGGAUAACCGCAGCGGUGGAGAAAGUGGAGUUGCUGUGGCAGCAGGCGUUUUCCAGAGCCCACGUCCAGCUGCAGCUCCUCCAUCUGCAGCGAGAGGCCCAGCAGAUACAGGAGCAGAUGGUUGCUUUGCACAGGGAGAAAGUUCAGCCCUACAGGAUUAAAGUGGCUAAAGACGUGCACAGAGCUGAAGAGCUCCGGCUGGAAUUCGAGGCUUCAGUAUACACUCAUGCAAUGGCGCUGGUUCGUCGCGCGGAGGACGUCAUGCACACGUUAGCGGAGACGGUUCCGCUCAGCGAGAGAAAGCCUGCGGAGCCGUGGCUGAAGGACUUGGCCAGAUUGAAGGAGAACCUCUGCUCUGCUGUUCAGCGUCUGUAUCAGACUCUGAGGACCGUGUCUGACUUCCAUCACACCUGCAACAGAGUUAAGAGCUGGUAUGAUCUAGUGCUGCGCGAGAGCCUCCUGCAGGAGCUGCUGUGGAGUGGACACUGUGAGCUCAGCCGAGCCCCAGACCUGUCCAGCUGCAGGAGAGGAGUCCAGACCUUCCUCAGGAGAAACCCCUGCCCGGAGGUGCUGGAGCUGGUGAAGCUGGCGCAUCUCGCUGAUGCUAUAACUGACCCGCACCUUCAGCACACUGGCUCGCAGCUGUCUCACAGGUUAAGAGCUGGUAUGAUCUAG